GCACGUUUUGCCGCCAUUUGAAUCGUGAGAACACCCGUUGAAGCUCUACACUCUUCACUCCUCGCUUUGCUUUCUUUUCUCCCGCUGUGAGGUGGUACAUGUGACUGUUUUGGGUGUGUUUAUCCAUUUAACUAGUUGUUAAUGCUUGUUUGUAAUUCAAAAUAGAAUAUCUGUUUUAAAUUAUUACUAGCCUAUUUAUUAUUAUUUUGUGUUUGAUACAGAUCGGUUCGUAAUUUUGGAAGACUUAAAAGGUAGGCCUAAAUAUAAAAAUGAGUAAUUCAACUAAAAAAUCCAAGAAAAAGAGGUUAUUAGUUGAUAAUGAAGAAGACCAUGUCCUUCAAAGUCAACCGAAAAAGGUGAAACCAGAAGUUGAAACUGUUGAAGAAAAUGAUGAAGAAGUUUUAGUUCUAGACAAUGAAGAGGAGGUUGAACAGAAAACGGCUAAAGAGGAAAAUCAAGAUUGGAAUAAAGAAGACUACAAUGAGCUUAUCAAAAGGAUGGAAGAACAAAUACCAAAAAAUGACACAAAAAGUUUUACAAAGCGAGCUGAACUUCUUGAUUGGAAUUUGGUGAAGUUUGGAGACCAUUCUGUCGAGGAGUGCCAAGAGAAAUGGAAAAUAAUGAGGAGCAAAGUGAGACAUUUCAGGCUACUUAGUGAGGUGUUACAAGACGCAAAGGUCUGGGCCGAAAAACCAUGGGCUGCACCUUUUAGUAAGAAAAAGACUCGCCAUCCUGAGCAACCUCCACGACCUUUGUCCUCUUUCAUGUUGUUUUACAUGGAUAAAAAAGACAAAAUCAUCAAAAAACACCCGAGCCUAAAGUUGACGGACAUUUCCAGAAUUAUUGGGGAAAAGUACAAAGCGAUGUCUGACACAAAGAAAUCUUAUUACAAUCAGAGGGCAUUAGAAAUGCAGAAAGAGUACAGACAAAACCUAGCAAAGUUCUAUGAGAAAUAUCCAGAAUACAAUCCCACUACAAGAAAACAAAUAACUAAAAGUAACAAACCACUCCCACCAUUUAAGCUGUACCUGAAAGAGAAAUUGAAGAAACAUGAACAAGAUGAAGGUUUUGACCAACACGAGUUCACAGAGAAAUAUAAGGAAAUGUGGAAAAAUCUUAGCUUCAAAAAGAAAGCAUGUUGGAUAAGGUUGGCGAAGGAAGAAGAAGAAAAGUAUUUGGAACACCUGAACGAUGAUCUCAUGGAAGAUCCUGAAAAUAGAUCUAGUGCACCAUAUAGAUCUGUGAUCUCCAAAGAAGAAAAUUUAAUAUUGGACAGGUUAGCAGGAAAACCAGAAAAACCACCAAAUUCUGCCUACAGUCUCUUUUCAAAACUAAUGCUUCAAGACAAGCAUGCCAACCACGUUGAGGGUGAACCCAAAAACAGGAUGCGAGAAGUAGCAUUAAAAUGGAAGGAAAUACCUGAUGAUCAGAAAAAAACCUAUGCAGAAACAGUUCAGCAUAUGCAUGAAAGUUACAAAUUGGAUUUUGCCAAUUACCUGGAAAGUUUACCUGAAGACAAAAAGGCAGAGGAACUGGCCAAACUACAACCAAAAAAGAGAACUUCAAAGACUAAACAGAAGUCUAGUAAAAAGGGUUCUUCCAGAUCUAAGUCUCCAACUCGAGUUCUUUUCAAAAAUGAACCAGAAAAGCCUCCAGUGACAGCUUGGGAUCUUUACAAGAUAGAGUUUGCCAAAAAGAACAGCAGUCUACCAAAUAAAACUGCUUGUAAACGAGCAGCCCUUAUGUGGAAAAACCUCUCAAAAUCAGAGUUAGACAAGUACAAAAAGAAACACGAUAAGAUGAAAAAGCAAUACAUGAUUGAGUUUGAAGCAUUCCUAAAAACUCUAGAUGAGAAAGAACUUAAGGAGUAUUCAGCUUUAAAAACUGCCAAGAUUGGAGAAGAACUGGAUGAUGAUGACGUAGAUGAGGAGCUAUCGAGUGAUGAGGAGGAGAACAGUUCCAGCACUGCCAGUGAUUCAGCAGGAGAUAGUGAUAGUGGUGUCAGUGAAGAAGAUGAAGACUAAAUAUUAAAGAAAACAUACAAUUGUACAAAUUUAUUUAGAUCUAAAAUUGUUAGUAUUUUUGUAAGUUUAAAAAGCUGUAUAUUUGUAAUUUAUUUUUGUAAUAAAAUUAGUAUAGUCAAUUCUAGUGAUUUUUUUUUUAUUUUGCAAUUUAACUGGAUUUUUUAUAUGUUAAACACAUUGAUCUAUCCUUGUGACUAUCAGUAUGAUUUUAUCAAUGACAGAACUUAUAUAACUGGAAAUUAUUUACAGAUGUCGGAAUAUAAGUUUAUUAAAUCAUAAAUCGAGUCAAGUAACUAUCAAACUCUCCUCUCCGCUCAAUGAACUCUAUUGUGUUUUAAUGACAAGGUAUGAAUUAGUAGAGUACAAUAUUCAUACUUUAACCACUUUAUUACCUGCUGAAAUACUAGAUUUCAUGUUUUUAUCAUGAGAAAUAAAGGAAAUGUGAGAGUUUGUUAGUAUAUCCAUGCAGUGAGAGUGAGAGCAUUGUCUCAACAAUGAAGCAAACUUGAUCUUAAAACAAGUUGGAUUGAGUGUGCAAAGUUUCAAUCCAAGUGAGCUUUGAUAAAACCCACUCUAAUAAUCUCAAGUAUCCAAAUUAAUUAAAGGUAUUGACGUACAAUAUUUUGUUUGUGUUUUACUGUCAUUGUGUAGGCAGAUUAAAGUAUACUCAUACAAAGUAAAAGAGGGUUUAUAAAUUGUAUGAUUUAAACUUUAUAGCUUUCUAUUGUAAAAAAUGUACCAACCAAACCUGUUGGCUCAAUAUUAAAUAUGUAAGGAAUUGUUUGGAUUUCAUUGUAUUCCAAGUCCUUUAAAAGAAUAUUUUAAAUGAGAAAGAAAGAUAAUGAGUUGAACAACAUCCAGCAAUUAUAACGAUUAAUGAAACCCCUCUUCUCCAGGACAGAGAAGCCAAGGAAUAAAAGCACCCAAAACUUAAUUUGAUUAAAUUUAGUGUAAAGUUAAAUUAAAUAAUUAAUGUUAAGAAUUCUGUUAGAAUCAUUAAAUAUUGUUUAUAUUACAA